GAUAUAAUAUAAUUAUUUAAAGACUUAAAUACGCACAGAAUUUUUCCAGAAUCUUCAAGCGCUGUUUCGAAUUAUUUCCACCGAAGCGACGAGGCGUUCCAUUAGGGCUUCGAGAGAGAGAAUCUAAAACCAUGUACGGAGGCGAGUUCGACGGUAACGCCGCAUUCGCCGGCGGCGGUUUCAUGCCUUCUCAGGCCACUACGCAAGCGCCUGAAUCCUCAUCUGCUUCCAGGAAUCGAGAUGCGCGUACCUUGCUUCCACUGACGUUGAAGCAAUUGAACAGUGUUUCAACCAAUGGUGAAUCGAAUUUCUCCAUAGACGGCGUUGAUAUCAACACUGUUGCAAUUGUUGGACGAGUUUCUAGGAUUGAGAACAGAAUCACCCAGGUCGAUUUUGUUGUAGAUGAUGGUACUGGCUGCGUUGAGUGCAUCAGAUGGUGUCAUGAACGUCAAGAAACUGAAGAAAUGGAAGCAGUCAGGCUGGGAAUGUAUGUUCGCCUACAUGGUCACCUGAAAAGUUUCCAGGGGAAGCGAUCUAUGAAUGUUUUCUCAGUCAGGCCUAUCACUGACUUCAACGAGAUUGUACACCACUUUACCGAGUGUAUGUAUGUUCACAUGUACAACACCAAGCCACGGGGUGGUUCUAUUACUCAGGCUACUGAAACUCCUAGGCCUCAGCCAUAUUCAUCAAUGCCAACGCCUGCAAGGCCAUUCCAAACCGGUCCAUCUAAUCAGUUCUCGAACCAGUUCAAUGAUCCAAUGCAUGGCGUAAGGCAGACAGUCUUAAAUUACCUGAAUCGACCUAUGCACCUGAGAUCUGAAGCUGGAGUCCACUGCGACGUGAUUGCACGGGAGUUGAGGAUUCCGCUGCAACAAGUCAAGGACGCAUUGGAACAGCUCUCGAACGAUGGCUGCGUUUACUCUACCAGCGAUGAGACUUGCUUCAAAUCAACCGCAAACGCAUGAUCAAAAUGGAGUUAUCUACGUGCGGAAAAAGCCUUUUUGUAUAGGCCCUAUGGUACGACAACCUUUGUGGCUUUAGACAUCUAUCUAAUAGCUUUUGGAUUUAUUAAAACCAACUCAAAAGGUUCAAUCAAAAUACUCUCGCCA